AUGAAUCGAGCCGUGAAGAUUAGCGAAACACCGAAACGUGUGUUAAUGCCUUCCGCAGCCUUUCGACCGGAAGCGAAGAAAUGGUGCGUUUCUAAAUGUGACGUCGAGAAAUUUCACUUUGAGUGGAACAUUCAGCAAUUUUUGCUUGUAGCUGCCGAGGAUCAGCGUUAUCAGCGAUCUAGCAUUGAAUUUCAAGAAGAACCUUCAAGCUUUAAGUGGAAUUUAGCCAUCAACAACAGACAAAAAGAAUUCGGUUUCGUUGUGACCCAUGGCUAUGAUUCUAAAAAUAGAUGUUACCGAAUAAAGCUGGCAAUUCUUAAUAAAAAAAGGGAAAAGCUUUGGCCUCAGGAGUUUGAUAAUUUUCAAAAUAACGUCACUAGUAAUUAUUUUGUUGACAAGAAAUCAAUAUCAAAUGACGUUUUGUUAACGGACGGAAGUCUAACCAUUUGCUGCGAGAUUGAGUAUGCAGGCGAUAAAAGGGAAAAAGUAACAGAUAAGGAAAUCAUUUACCCUCAACCUAUAAAUUGCAUCAAUCAAAUGGCCACACAGCAGGAACGAUUAUUUGAAGACAUGCAAUUCAGCGACGUCACUCUUAACGUCCAUGGGCGCCAAUUUGAAGCUCACAAAUGUAUUUUGGCAUCCAGCAGCAAUGUAUUCAAGGCCAUGUUCCAGCAUCACACCAAGGAGAAGAUCACGAAUCAAGUUGUGAUUGAAGACAUUCAACCUGAAGUAUUUCACCAACUUCUCCGUUUCAUUUAUACCGGCCGCUUGACUUCAACCACCCUGGAAACAAUGGCCACCAGACUGUUUGCGGCUGCCGACAAAUAUUUGCUGGAUCAACUGAAAUCCGAAUGCGAGUCUCAUUUGCGUCUUCGAAUGUCGGCUGACAAUUGUCUGGAAUUACUUCUGCUCAACGACCAGAUCCACCCAGCAGAUAAUUUGAAGCAGAGUGCGGUGGAUUUCUUCCGGCGUUAUCCAAGCGAAGUGAUGGCGACCGACGGAUGGAAAAAGGCGAAACAGGAGCAUCCCAAUCAUUCUUUUUGGAUUCUUUUUGUGGAAAUUAUGGAGAACGUCCAUCGUUGUUAG